AUGAGAACAUUUACAAGUCGUGCAGUUCAUUUUUCUACUUAUCCGGAGUAUCCUCAAAGUGAACUCCGAGAACUUUUUCCAUGUGGGAAUGAGGAAGAAAAGGCAAGGCAAAGCAAGGCGAACAAUGCCACAGGAAAAGUUUUUAACUCCAUUUUACAUGUAACAGCUUCGUUCAUUCAAAUAGAUGGGUUUGCAUGGUCGAAAGAAAAACCAUUGAUUACAAUCUAA